GUGCUCAGCAAUCAUCCCAUCACUAACUAACUGUACGGGGUUUUGACAACAUUUAAGUAAAUUUGUUCGAUAAUUGAGAAAAUGCCUGAAAGCGACGUGACUAAAAUGAAGGUGGCGGAUUUGAAGCGCGAGCUGAAGCUUCGAGGGCUCGCCGUGAAUGGAAAUAAAACCGAGCUGCAGGACCGAUUGCAGACCGCAUUGUUGGAGGGGGACCUUUCUUUGGAGGAUUCGGCCAUAGCAGAUGCCAUUGACGAUGACGAUGUGUCCUUCACCGACGAGGAUGAGCACAAACUGCUGGGCGAUGAGAACGACGAUGAGCUCCUGAAGAGUCCACUUAGCACACCCACAACUGUGGCCAUUCCGGACCUGCUGGCGGAAGAGAAGACGUCUACGGCCCCAGAGGCAGCUUCGCCGACCAAGAAAAUAGUGUUGAAACGAAACAAUUCCCAGCAGUCGACGGGCACGGUAGCCAGCACGGGGACAACUCCAUCGAAGGAGAACGAGGCGCCCGCUGCAGCUGCUAGUGAUUCCACGGGCGAGACUCCUACCAAGAAGCAUAAGCCUAUUGUGGUCGGACCGAAGACGGAAGGAGAGAAGCCAUCAGGCGACAAGAAACUUAACCAGCUGACUGCGCAAGAGCGAUUGGAACUGCGGGCCAAAAAGUUUGGCAUAACACCCCCAGCUGUGGCCAAAACUGCAAACGCAGUGGCAGUGGCAGUGGCCAUCAAUAAAUCCUCUAGUGCCUCCAUUACGGCCAACAAGGGUAACAAGGAGACCGAGGAGCAGCAAAAGGAGGCACUCAAAAAACGUGCCGAGCGUUUCGGAUUCGUGGGGCCUGACAAAACACCGACCUCAAAGUCCGAUGAUCGUCUCCAAAAACGGAAAGAGCGAUUUGGAGCCGGAGCAGUCUCAGCAGCUGCCACCACGCCCACCACAACGGAAUCCAAGGACGCCUGGUCAGAGAAGGCGCGCGCUCGCCUUGAAAGAUUCAAAUCAGCCCCGUCCACAAAUUAAGGAAAGCGAAUCUAAUUAUUUAAGCAAGCAAAUACAAUUGUAAAUCAUUUCGGGAGUAGGCCCUAUCAUGUAUCAAACCCCAAAGCCACCAAUGCUUGUAGUAAUUAAGCAAAAAGUUCAAUAAACACAAAACAUGAUCCAUAAUA